UAGUCUGUGUUCAGGCAGACUGGAGGUGAAGUCUCACCAGUCCAGCCAGUCGUGGUCCUCAGUGUGUGAAGAUGACUUUGACCUGCAGGAUGCAGAGGUGGUCUGUAGGGAGCUUGGUUGUGGGGCUCCUUCAGUCCUCCAGGGGGCGCUCUAUGGAGACGUGGAGGCUCCAAUGUGGAACAAUGAGUUCCAGUGUGGAGGAAAUGAGUCUGCUCUCCUGGACUGUGAAAGCUCAGACUCAGAUAGAAACACCUGCUCUUCUGGCAAAGCUGUUGGACUCACCUGCUCAGAGCCUGAUGAUGUCAGGUUGUUAGGAGGAUCCAGUCGCUGUGAUGGUACGCUAGAGAUGAAACAACAUGGAGAGUGGAGACCAGUGGUUGACCGUGUCUUUAAUUGGAACCGAAGGUAGCAGCUGCAGUGUGUAAUCGGCUGGAUUGUGGUUCUGCUGUUUCAACAAACAUGAGCGACAUUUUCUUCAGAGAAGCCUUUGUGGUGGAUCGGCAUUCUUGUGUUGAGUCCUAUUGAUGCUACGGGAGUGUUUAGAGCUACGGGAGUGUUUAGAGCCAAGUUACUUUGGAAGCUCCGAC